CUCCCGCAACCUUAUCAUCUCCCGUGCUUCUCUCUUCCUCGCAUCUCUCAUUCUCUCUCCCUUAUUUAUCAUCUAUCUCUCUCCUACCUUAUCUGCAUGCGGCGGGAGCAGCGUGCGGCGGCCGAUGGGCGCGGCGUGCGGCGGCCGAUGGGUGCUGUGUGCGGCGGGCGUGGCGGCCGGUGGGCCCCUAGACCUCCCUUCUACUGCGGGCAUGGACAGCUGGACCUCCUGCGGCCUAGAGUUCUUGGAACUGACGAGCGCAGGCCCGGUGCCCGGAUCAUGCCCACGGCCGUGGACAUGCAGGCGCUGUUCAACGCGGACGGCGUUGUGAAGCUGCGGCGGCGCGGCGCUCCGACGGCGUUGUGGAGCUGCGGCGACGCGGAGGAGCGCGCGAUGGGGCGCGCUCGCUCGGCGGCUCGACGCAGGGCUGCAGGAGCCGGGGGGGUGCGCUCGCUCGGCGGCACGAGCAUGGCGGCGGCCUGGUGCGUCCGCGACCUGGCCAGCGGCGGCGGGGCUGGCCCGGACGGCGGGCGCAUCUAUUUUUUUUUAUUUUUUUAAAUCGAUUACUAGGGGCGGGUGACGGGAUGAUCCGCCCCUAGAAAUCGAUUUUUAGGGGCGGGUGACGGGGUGACCCGUCCUUAGAAAUCUAUUUUUAGGGGGUCGAUGGAGUGACCCGCCCCUUAAAUGGAUUUGUAGAGGCGGAUGAAGGGGUGACCUGCCCCUAGAAAUAGGUCAGACCAGUUCAGGCAGAGCUUCACAAACACCUAAAAUCAACGAGCUCGGGAGGGACGCCGUCAGAGCUCGUGAAGCUAGGGUUGCUCUGAGAUCGGCAGGCCACUCAGAACGUCUUCAAAUGCCGUUGAGACGAAGGACAAAAGCAAUUAGGGUUUGGAAAGAGAUAGGGUUUGAGAGAUAAAAA